UCGUCGGUUGUGGAUUUUAGGUCAUUGGCCGAGUAGACGGGCACUUUGGUUGUCGCCAUUGUGAUAGUUAAGUUGUUGCGCAAGUAAGAUAAUCGAAUCUCAGAAUAUGUUCUGUAGAUGUUGGGAGAAGAAGCCUGCUUAUGUCUACAGAGUACACGGCAAGGCGUUUUGCGGCGAGCUGUCCCUUUCGCGGAGGCGGAGCUAAAGCGGCAAUACAGGCCAGGCGCUAACCUACCACGGAGAACUCAACCUCACCUCCGUCCACCGUUCACUUUUACGUCCAACGAACUGCAUCACCAUCAGGGACAGGACGAUGGCAUUGCAAGGGGCUGAGCAGACGAUCCUUCGGGAUCCGGCUCUAUUCUAUUGGAUCUUGAUCCCGAUUACCAUUGUCAUGAUACUAACAGGUAUCCUCCGCCACUACGCCACCGUCCUCAUGAACUCACCCCCCAAACCCCCCUCCACCCUCGCCGAAUCCCGCGAACGCUACUCCAUCUUCCGCGGCGUCAACCUCCGCAGCAACGGUUUCGUCCUACCCACCGAGUCCUUCGAGAUGCGCAAAAGCUACCUCAUCUCCGCGUACAAGAAUGGCGCGUUCUUGAAGGAUCCGGAGAACCGGGGCCAGCCGCCUGCGAAUCCGAUGACGGACCCGGCGGGCAUGGAUGCUAUGAUGGGGAUGAUGAAGGGGAAUAUGAUGAUGAUGAUUCCGCAGACAUUGAUUAUGAGUUGGAUUAAUGCGUUUUUCUCGGGAUUUGUUAUUUUGAAAUUGCCGUUCCCGCUUACCAUCCGCUUCAAGUCCAUGCUGCAGUCUGGUGUUAUGACCCGUGACCUGGAUGUCAGGUGGGUGUCUAGUCUGUCGUGGUAUUUCCUGAACUUGUUCGGUCUGCAGUCUGUGUUUGGGUUUAUUCUUGGUAGUGAUAAUGCUGCGAACCAUAUGGCUUCGCAAAUGUCUGGUAUGAAUCCUACCGCUGGCAUGAAUCCGUUCCAGCCCGGUCAGGACCCUGAUAAGUUGUACUUGAAUGAGGCGGAGAACCUUGAGGUUAUGGAACACUUUUGCAUUUAUGAUGGGAUUGAAGAGAGGAUUUUGCAUAAUCUUGCUUCGAAGUGAUGUCGGAACGGAGUUGGUAGGACUGUGGGUUACGAAGUAUCUUUGGUUUGUAUUGCUGAAAUGUGCAAAUUGCAGUAUACACAAUAUCAUUUACAGCAGGACCAGUUCAUAAUGGAUGAGAAUAUUUUCAUUGAACCAUGAAUCGUACAAUAAAUGCA